GUUCAAAGUGCAGAGUUGAGCGAUUCAAUGAUGGCGGCCGUUGGGUUGUGGUGUUGGCAGUGAAAUUCAAUGGCAGUUGCCUAGUCGCAUUCAUUCGCGUCUGUUACGUUAAGGUCUGGAAUGCGGUGCCGUAUGAGCUGCUAUUAUACCGUCUGAAGGCUGCUCUGAUAAAAUCCGAGAAAGGCUCCGCGAUGGCGCUGCUCUACGAGCUGGCGUGGCGGGCUCUGCACGCCAUCCUCCACCUCCAGCGAGCGCUCGUCUCCUGGUUCCGCGCGCGCCUCUGCAGCUGGAACUGGCGGCUGUGGAAGCGGGCGGUGGCCGCGCUGCUCGUGCCCGUGGCCCUCGGCUUCCAGAGCCGCAGGAAGCUGGGGCCGCCGGCGGCCAGGCGGGGCUGCCGCCGCCCUCGCUGGGGGGCGGACGGCCGGGCGCUGGAGAAGCUGCCGGUGCACGUCGGCUUGCUGAUAACCGAGGAAGAGCCGCGCUACGCGGACAUCGCCAACCUGGUGGUGUGGUGCAUGGCGGUGGGCAUCUCCUACGUUAGUGUUUACGAUAACCAGGGUAUCUUCAGAAGAAACAAUUCCCGACUGAUGGAUGAAAUUCUGAAGCAGCAGCAAGAACUGUUAGGUGCCGACAGUGGAAAAUAUUCCGUAGAGUUUUUAAAUGACAGCACCCAGACACAGGAGAAUCACACGGCGUUCCUGUGUAAGGCCAUGGUGAAGGUGCUGUCCUCGGACGACGGACAGCACAGCAUCGUGGCGGCGGCUCGGCAGCUGUGCAGAGCGGUGGAGCAGAGGCAGAGGGCUUCCAAAGACAUCGACGUCCAUGUGCUGGAUUCCAUGCUCAGAGAUUCAAAGCAUACUCCGGAUCCAGACCUGGUUCUGAAGUUCGGCCCGGUGGACAGCACGUUAGGGUUCCUCCCCUGGCACAUCAGGCUGACUGAGUUCAUCUCCUUGCCCUCCCACAUGGACCUCUCCUAUGAGGACUUUUUCAGUGCACUACAGCGCUACGCAUCCUGCGAGCAGAGGCUGGGCAAAUGAGGCGUGGCUCCGCCCAUCGGCUGUGAUUGGAAGUGGGGGACCGGCAGCCGCAAGCACCCGCCUCCUGUCCCCCCUGCCCCCACAGCCUGGAUUCGCUCCCCAAAACGGGCAGAGACUCUUCGGUGUCAAAGUGACUCGGAAGGGGAGCGGACACUGACUGGAAUGAAUCGGUUUGGAAAGAGGAAAAUUCUGGAACGAUGGUCAGCAGUAUGGCACACACACUUCAUAUAGGCUUUUUCUUGGGGGGGGGGGGGGGUGUCUAUUUUUUCACGUCUUUCAAUAGUAAAAUUAGAAUUCCAUUCAACAUACCUUGGUGCUCUUGACAGAAGUUUCAAGAAGAUUAAAUAAGGCACAUUACGUUAUACAUGCCCUGCGGGAACAUUUACAUGAAGAAGCAGCCGUUUGUAAAUAUGUUAUACAAAUUAUUUGCUUUUUUUGUUCCCGUCCGGUCUGACGUCCCAGGUGAAUUGCCCAUGCAGUUCCACAACAAGAGCACUAGGGCUGCCGGUGAAUGCAUGUCUCAGCCCGGCGGGGGCGAUGAAAUGACAGCCGUCCCGUGUCUUAUCACAGAAGCGAAUAUCUGUGCCUCGCGGCACUCGAAACAUGCCGCUUUCUCUUAUUGCAUGCUCUUUUGCUCAUUUCUUCCUUGUCGUGGGCGUCGUCCAUAGCGAAAGAGCAGAAAACAUUUAUUUGCCACCGUUUCUUAAAAAAAAAAGGGGUCAUCCGAGCCAGUGCGACAGUAACUAACGUCAUAGCGUCUUGCCUGUAAUUCAUGGCACUUAUUAAAUCCUGAUAGAAGCAUAACGCAGUUUGUAUUUGGUCCCCAUUUUUAUCUGUGGUUCCGGUCCAUGCGUCGAAUUUGUUCUGUCGUUCACACAUUCAGAUACAGGGGUAAGAAGUGGGUCCGAUGAGCAGGGUAGCUCAUUUCUCGUUAUGCUCCAUGACGCUUGCUCUUAUACCCCCGGCCGUGCCGUAGCAUUGACAGGCUAUCCGCUCCCGUAACCUUAAAGUAUUUCUGCCCUGUGUCAUGUCGAAGGACACCCUAGGCAGUAUGUGUUUAACUUGUUACCCGUUAAACUAACAAGGAGAGAGGGAAUGUGAAGUGGUCCGCGGUCUGGCUUUUGUAAUUGUUCAUGUAAUUGCAUUGUCGUGAUCGGAAUACAUGCAUACUUUUAAUAUUUAUCGUGAGCAGCCCUGCGGCUUGGUAGCAGCCGGUUUGGCUUAACGACAGUCGGUGGGGACGUGGUUUGGUCCUAGGGCUAACAGUUUGAUUUUUACGGCUCUUGCGUACUUUCUGUCUGGUCUUCCGACACAGGUGCUUGUGUCUGUACGCGGUGUGUCUCGCUAAGCCUGUUGCGCUUUUAUUUUCGAUGAAUACCUCGCGUUCGUGUCACUCUUUGCAGUACGCCAUUCGCUUUGUAAGGGAAGACGCGUCUGGCCGAGACCAAAGGCACGUCUAUUAGGAUAGCUAAAAUAAGAAAUUGGCUUUGAAUUGUUUGCCUAUGAUAAAUGCACAAAAGCAUUCAGUUCAGAUUAAACGCAUGAAUAGUUGCCUUCUGUUGUAUUCGGUCUUCGCCAACUAUCAAAUUAAAGCAGAGGUCUAAUCGGAAAUAUUACAAAUACAUGACAAAAAUGGACAGAACAUGUAAGCAAAUAAAUUGCCUCCAUGGUUAAUGUGAUUUGUGUCCCUUCUUGAUAACAUUUUUUAAAGUCUCCAUGCAGUGUGAAUACUUCUUGCAUGCCUAUACACAAAGACUUAGAGCGUUGCAUCUUUGGUGUCUUCGCGCUGAUGAUGAAAGUUUAUUGCAUAUCAAAUCGUGCAUCUGAAGGCAAUAAUUCCUGUCCUCGUCAGAGCUGAUUCAUGCCCUUUCUCUCUAUAGGUUUCGAUUUCAGUAAAUUGCUCAUUUGCCUUUUCCAUCUUUUUGUUAUCUAUCAUAAACUACCUGCUGGUAAGCAUCUCCAUCGAUGAAAACUUUUUUUUUUGGUAAUGUGCCUUUACAGCAGCUUCGUAGUUCUCUCACUGGAGGUCAAUUGACUGGGACAAUAUCAAACAUUCCAGAAAAAUCACGUCUGAACUGAUCUUAUUAAGACGUCUUGUUUUGACCUGUAUACCGUAUUUAUUCCGAUGAUAAUGUCCAAGAUCCUGGGGCUGUGCUUUCAUUUUGAGAAUCAAUUCUAACUUUAAAAUGUUUUUUUGCCCGGAAAUUGAAAUGGUUCUGUUGUUACUGGUAGAGGCGCAUUAACAAAGUCAGGACUAUUUUCUUUGAUUAGUUCUUGACAGGGGAGAGGGGGUUGUGACGGUUGUUGACCGGGGGGACAUUUAAGCGGGGCCCCUGGAAAUGCAAUGGUCGAUCCCCCCCACUUGGCAAUUUUAUCAGGUUUGGGCAGGCAUUAUUAGUAUCAGUUCCAGCGAGACCAACCUUGGAUCCCAUCGAAAUCGAAUCAAAAUGAAAAUCAGUGAUAUUAUUCAUCCCUGCUGUGGGGCAUGACCGGGACACCAGCUCUACACUCCUGGGUCUGUGCUCUGCAAAGGGCGCCACCGUGUGGUCAUAUCCGCAUGACACACUUUUCAGCAAACCCACACGGCUGAUUCACACAUCUGCUAAGACUUGUGUAUUGUGUGCGUAUUGUCACUAAUGUCGCUGACAAAUACAAUGGAGACCUGAUUUUAUUUAUUUUUUUUCUCCAAAGCUUGUCCAUGUGCUGAUUUUUCCUUUUUAAAACCUGGUGCAGGUGUAAACAAACAAGCAAAGUAAAAUGUGAGUACUUUGAACAGUGCCAAAGCCACUGUGACUGAGGGUAAGCGGUUCAUUUUGGAAUGUGUUUAUUGUGAUCUGUUCAUUUUUGUGUGUGUUUGUAAAUGUGUAAAGGUUUAAUGAAUCAAGGUUUUAAAUAUGCAUAAAUAUACAUGUGCCCACUUUAACUAGAUAUUAAAAAGGAAACUGGUUAAAAUUUAUAAA